AUGAUUCUUCAUGCAAUUCCUCAAGGUGAUGGUGAAAGCCAAGGUGGAUACUUCUAUGCUAGUGGCCACAAAGAGGCAGACAAAAGUGGAUUCCGGUUGCGAGAUGAAACAGGAAGUGGGGAUGUGAUCCGUAGGUAUCGGAAAGAAGGGGUCACUCUGACGCUUCCAGAAGGAAAGACGCUGAACAACAUCAAGAUCUUCUAUGUCUGGUGUGAGGACUUUGAUGUGAAUUUCGGUGACGUCAAGAUCCCCAGGAACUUCGAUUACCCACGGCCACAGAAGAUAGCAGCGCUGAAGGGGGUCCAUUCGAUAUCAUCCGACAACAUUGUUAUCGUGGACGCCCAAACUUUGUUGAUCCCGAAUUUGUCCUACGACGGAGAAGCUCCAGCAAAGUCGUAG